AGGAAGCAGAACCGGAAGUAGAUGUGUCGCUCCUGCUAAAGCUACGCUGAUGUUAACGUCGUAUCUGUUUGACAACAAAAUUGACAGAUUUUUUUGGGACAGCGUUGAGCAGUUUUUUUUUUUCUUUUGAGGUCUUUGGAGAGUAACAAAGCUCAGUGUCCAAAUACCCGUGAUGUCCACUUAAAGACUUGAGAUGAACAACGCAGGGAAUAAGAGAGCUCCAACUACAGCCACUCAGCGACUUAAGCAGGAUUACCUCAGGAUAAAAAAAGACCCAGUGCCUUACAUUUGUGCAGAACCUCUUCCCUCCAACAUCUUAGAAUGGCACUAUGUCGUCAGAGGGCCUGAAAAAACGCCUUAUGAAGGAGGGUAUUAUCAUGGAAAGCUCAUAUUUCCAAGAGAGUUUCCUUUUAAACCUCCAAGUAUCUAUAUGAUAACACCGAAUGGGAGAUUCAAGUGUAAUACAAGGUUAUGUUUGUCCAUCACAGACUUCCACCCGGACACGUGGAAUCCUGCCUGGUCUGUGUCCACAAUCCUCACAGGUUUGCUGAGCUUCAUGGUAGAAAAAGGACCAACCCUUGGAAGCAUUGAAACCUCAGACUACACAAAAAGACAGCUGUCAGCCCAAAGCCUGGCCUUUAACCUCAAAGACAAAGUCUUCUGCGAGCUGUUUCCUGAUGUAGUUGAUGAGAUUAAGCAGAAGCAGAAGGUCCAGGAGGAGUUGAGUGCCCGCACGCAGCCCCUCCCUUUACCCGACGUGGUGCCAGACGGCGACCCUCAACACGCCCACUACGGCCUCCCUGCCAUCAAUGGAGGACCGGCCCCGGCGGGGGGCGCCCUCCCCGCCCCGGGACUGCAGCAGCCCAACCGCAACCAUGGACUUCUAGGUGGAGCUUUAGCGAAUCUGUUUGUGAUCGUGGGCUUUGCCGCAUUCGCAUACACAGUGAAGUACGUUCUAAGGAGCAUAGCCCAGGAGUGAAGGACACAGCCUCCCGCCUCCCUGGCAGGCAAGACCCCCCCCCCCCCUCCCCCCAAUUAACUUUGAACUUUGGUUUAAAGUUCUUUAAACUUUAAACGUUGGUUCCCUCACCAAAACAGUUUUCUCUCUUUCUGUCGGGUGAUUCCGUGCAAAACAUCCGUGCGGGAGUCUCUCCUUUGUGCUCAAAGCGGCGUCCUGGUUGAAGCCUGCUGACAUGCGGGUCCCGCACCAGUGCAUCGACACAAUUAGCUAAGGGUGUUAUCUGUUUGUUUUUUGACAAGGGGGAGGGUCAUAACAACUCCCUCUAUGGCGAUGUGGAAUUUUACUUUUCUUUUCUAAAGAGUUUUGCUCUUUUUUUCUGUGAACCCGUGCAUAGAUGGCGAUCGAGGUUUCAUCACAACCAAAACAGGAUUUUGUGAUUCUCUGCAUUCGCUCUAGCGACACGUUUGGCUCAGAUUCCUUCAUGUUUUCACCUUGUUUGGUUUCAGUUUCAACAUCUGCAAAAAAAACUUUUUUUUUUUUUGCAACCACAAAGGAUGAGCUGUUUUUAUUCCUAUUAUUUCCCACCCUUUAUUGUUUUCCUCUUUCAGACGGAAGGGUUUUUUCCCCAAACAGUCUGUGUCUAAAAUGAAUCACAAACAGAUUUUUGUCAGCUCCUCCUCCUGCACUGAGUCAGCAAAGCUUUGUGUGUUUAUUCCUCUGCUGAUCAAAAGGCUUCUGAUUGUUGCACCAAAAACACAUCAAUCCUAGAUAAGAAAUGGUUUUAACAUGUUUAAAAGCAAAGACUGAUGCAGUCAGAGCGCAGAUUCUUUCCACUAACCCAUGAGCCAAGCAGCACCUGCACCUUUUGGAGAUUCUGAAUCAGUUCUGACGACCAAUAGAGGUCAUAUAGGUCCAAAUAAAGAGACACAAAGAGAACCAACAUGUUUGUUUUUCCUGUAUAUUCCUUUUUUAAAUUUUAUUUGAUCACUUCUUUUGUUUUUGUUCUUAUUUAUAGCAGCACCUUGCUUGUCUAGUGUUUGCAAAGCGGCGCAGCACAGUCAGACGGCUCAUUUAUCUGCUGAUUAUUUACUAUUGUGCAUCACAUUUAGUAAAAAAAAAAAAAAAACGGUUCUGUGAAAGCUAAAGAGUUUCCUGUCUGUACAAAUUCUCUGCAUCGUCUUCAAACUGAGGAUUUUGGGGGGGUGUUCAGUGCUCCAAAAUGCCCACAUUUCAGAGCUUCACCUUUUCUUGUGUGGCAUUGUACGUUUACAUAGAAAAUUCCAAUAAAUGACCUUGCUUGGCAGGGCCUUUAAUAAAA